AUCAUACAAUUACAUUAAAACCUACAGCAGAUGCAGUGCUGCAGUUUGCAGAACAUCUAAGAUGCAGAUCCUGUCGUAUCGUCCUCUAACAGUUUGAAUGGAAGUUAUCGGUCGCUUUGAAUUCAUCCAGAACUUUGAGGACUUUGACGACAGCAGUCUGGUCUUCCUGUGUGGUUUCAUUAUUCCUGUACGCUCAAAGAAUCAUUUAAAGGUCAGAGAGUUUCUACAUCUGAUCCCUUUCAACCAAAGCUGCCCCCGACUUUCUAAGACUUUCUAUAGGCACGCGUCCCAGAGGGUGGGGUGGGGGCUGCAGGGCCUGUUGUAGCCAUUGUGAUCCCGACGGCCAAUCAGGGAGCGAGCGUGUGCCGGGUCUGCGGUAUAAAAGCUGGCUGGAUUUCAAGGAAGGAGCACAAACACUGUUCUCUUGGACUUUCUGACCACACAUCAGCUACGACUUUAACGAUGCAGUCUCCUGGAAAAUCUCUGAAGGAGGCUCUGCUCUGUGCUCAGAGCGAGGACCGACUCACUGUGGGAGUCUACGAGAGCGCUAAAAUCAUGACUGAGUAAGUACAACAAACAUGACUCAAAUAUGACUUUGGCAUCUUCUCUGAUGAUUCACCUUGGUGGAUGUCUGAUCUGAGAGCUGCAGCUAACAGGAGGUGUCUUUUCUUCACCCACAGUGACCCGGACAGCGUGUCCUUCUGCGUCCUCGCCAUGGACGAGGAGUUCGAGUGCGACAUCGCUCUCCAGAUCCACUUCACCCUCAUCCAGUCCUUCUGCUUCGACAACGACAUCAGCAUCGUCAGAGUGAGCGACAUGCAGCGUCUGGCUGAGAUCGUCGGUGACAAGGCGGAGCAGCUUGAAGACGCCCACUGCAUCCUCAUCACGAACCCGGCUGAUGGGUCUUGGGAGGAUCCGGCUCUGGAGAAGCUGCACCUGUUCUGCGAGGAGAGCCGGCGUCUGAACGACUGGGUUCCCGAGAUCAGCCUCCCCGAGCGUUGAUCCGGGCCUCGGCUCCUCUGUCUUUGCUCAGAUGCUGUGAAGCUUCUUAUCUGGAAAUAUCUCAUCCUGAUGAACAGGAUGACCCUGUUUCUGCUCAUCCCUGGAUACUCCUGAGGAGGAUUCCCGUCCAGGCAGCGCGGCGCCGGCCCCCGAGGAAAAGGGGGCCCUGCCGCGAACCGUCGCCUCUUGUCCCGUCCAUGCCAAGAUGACUCUCAUUCUUUAUGUGAACGAGGUCAGGUAUGCCACGAGAGCGACACAUCGACCCUCAUUCUUUGUGCGGAUGAGGUUUGGAGAGGAAGGAGAAGCGACUUCUGCGUCCUGUGGUCCCCACAGAGCAAAUGUCGCACGUUGAAGCACGCGCAGCAGGAGAAGAAGCGGUGCUGAGGAAGAGGCCUUCUUAAAAAGGGACUUUUUAAAGAUGUCCUCUUUGCUGAGCAACACGACAACAGUUGCAAUCAGCGGAAAUGUUUCCCACUUUCCAGAAUUGUCUUAAUUCUCUAAAGGUUUCACUUUAGAAAUUUAACGAUGACAAAAAAUAUUCUUAAGAAAAUAUCUUAAGGUUUCACUUUCGAUAUUUAACUUCAAGAAAAAAAUACAAAAAGUGUUUUAAAUGGAAAAAAAACCUGAAACUGAUCUUGAAAAAAUACAGAAAAAACUAAAACUGAAAGUAAAGUACUUCCUGAAGGUUUCACUUCAGCUCUACUGUUCUCUCUUUGUCAAAUAACUUGUUCACUGCAAAUGUGAUUUUGUAUUUUUUGUAGAACAAAAACUUCGAAAUAAAAUA